AUGGAUGACAGGCAUCUGGAGCUACUUGAAGGUAGGAGUUUUGCCCGAGGACGGGGAGGAAGCUCGGAAGAUGAGGUUGAGGUCGGCCAAUGGAAAUCGGAGAGACAUCUCACCGACGCCAAGUCUUCAACAACGAGCAGUUACGGAGCUGAUGCCAUGAUUCCAGUGGAAAUCGGAGAGACAUCUCACCGACGCCAAGUCUUCAACAGCGAGCAGAACGCUCAAGAGUUAGCAGCCGACCUCGAUUUAGUUGACGAGCUCAGAGACAAAGCUCAAACCCACGAAGAAGCCUGCAAGCUCCGAGCUUCCAGAAGGUACAAUACGCGAGUGCGGCAUCGAUCUUUCCGAGUUGGUAACUUGGUGUGGCGUUUGCUAGGCGAAGCUCGGAAAGACACAACAGAUGGAAAGCUUGCACCCUCCUGGGGUGGACCAUUCCGGGUUGUGGAGAACUUGGAGAACGGAGCAUACCGAUUAGAAGAACUCAGCAGAAAACCCAUACCGCGAACUUGGAAUCUCUAA